ACCCUCUUUCAGAACAAGUUAAUAAACAGCGAUAUGUGAAAUUUGACAUAAUUGAUCUAAAUAGUGGUAGAUUAAAGAAUGUUAUAUAUUUUUUUAUUCUAAAAUUGUAUAUCUUAUGCUCGAAGGAAUAAAUUUAUUUUUCAAGAACCUAGCACAGAAAUAGUAUACUUGGGUUAAAAUAAAUUUUGUUUGGGAUAUAAAAUUCCCGUUAUUUUAUAAAAUACUGGGUUUCUCACGCACGAAGUGCUGUCAUCCCUACUUUUACUACACCCUGGAUAUACCAAUGAAACAGCUGAUUGAUGCCGAAGACAACGCGAAUAAGCUAAAAUUCUGAUUAAAAUGAAUUUAAAUUUAAAAAUUAAAUAGACUAUUUAACAAAAAGUUCAUGCGCCGCCUGUUCACAUCGGUCAUCGCCCAAAAAAUGUCGAAAAACAAGGGAAAAUCAAAGGCAACUGCUGAAAGUGCGAAAACCGAUGCGAAAUCCACGCCGGCUAAGGAAGUCAGUCCGAUUUCAAUGGACAAAAGCGGGAAUAUAUGCAUACAAAUACUUGCCAAGCCGGGAGCCAAGCAGAAUGGAAUCACUGGGAUUGGCCUGGAGGGCGUGGGCGUCCAAAUAGCAGCGCCUCCAAGCGAGGGAGAAGCCAACGCGGAACUCGUCAAGUAUCUCUCGAAAGUUCUUGGUCUCCGAAAGAGCGAUGUAUCUCUAGACAAGGGAUCUCGAUCUCGCAACAAAAUAAUACUGAUCAGCAAGGGAGUAUCCACAGUGGAGGCCAUUCAGCAAUUGCUUCAGAAAGAAUCUGAAUCAUAAGGACUUUCCCCCGAAUAAAUUCGCAUUUACAAAUUGA